AUGUGCGUCCUUUUAUAUUCCUACUAUUUGAAUGCCACCCCUCUGACAGGCCGUGCUGCCCUGAGUGACCUGACCUGUAAUGACCCGUGUGCUGCCCUGAGUGACCUGACCUGUAAUGACCCGGGUGCUGCCCUGAGUGACCUGACCUGUAAUGACCCGUGUGCUGCCCUGAGUGACCUGACCUGUAAUGACCCGUGUGCUGCCCUGAGUGACCUGACCUGUAAUGACCCGGGUGCUGCCCUGAGUGACCUGACCUGUAAUGACCCGUGUGCUGCCCUGAGUGACCUGACCUGUAAUGACCCGUGUGCUGCCCUGAGUGACCUGACCUGUAAUGACCCGGGUGCUGCCCUGAGUGACCUGACCUGUAAUGACCCGUGUGCUGCCCUGAGUGACCUGACCUGUAAUGACCCGUGUGCUGCCCUGAGUGACCUGACCUGUAAUGACCCGGGUGCUGCCCUGAGUGACCUGACCUGUAAUGACCCGUGUGCUGCCCUGAGUGACCUGACCUGUAAUGACCCGUGUGCUGCCCUGAGUGACCUGACCUGUAAUGACCCGUGUGCUGCCCUGAGUGACCUGACCUGUAAUGACCUGUGUGCUGCCCUGAGUGACCUGACCUGUAAUGACCCGGGUGCUGCCCUGAGUGACCUGACCUGUAAUGACCCGUGUGCUGCCCUGAGUGACCUGACCUGUAAUGACCCGUGUGCUGCCCUGAGUGACCUGACCUGUAAUGACCCGGGUGCUGCCCUGAGUGACCUGACCUGUAAUGACCCGUGUGCUGCCCUGAGUGACCUGACCUGUAAUGACCCGUGUGCUGCCCUGAGUGACCUGACCUGUAAUGACCCGUGUGCUGCCCUGAGUGACCUGACCUGUAAUGACCCGUGUGCUGCCCUGAGUGACCUGACCUGUAAUGACCCGUGUGCUGCCCUGAGUGACCUGACCUGUAAUGAACCUUGCGCUGCCCUGGGUGCCCUGACCUGUAAUGAACCUUGCGCUGCCCUGAGUGACCUGACCUGUAAUGACCCGUGUGCUGCCCUGAGUGACCUGACCUGUAAUGACCCGUGUGCUGCCCUGGGUGCCCUGACCUGUAAUGACCCGUGUGCUGCCCUGGGUGACCUGACCUGUAAUGACCCGUGUGCUGCCCUGAGUGACCUGACCUGUAAUGUCCCGUGUGCUGCCCUGGGUGCCCUGACCUGUAAUGAACCUUGCGCUGCCCUGAGUGACCUGACCUAUAAUGACCCGUGUGCUGCCCUGAGUGACCUGACCUGUAAUGUCCCGUGUGCUGCCCUGGGUGCCCUGACCUGUAAUGAACCUUGCGCUGCCCUGAGUGACCUGACCUAUAAUGACCCGUGUGCUGCCCUGAGUGACCUGACCUGUAAUCAUCCGUGUGCUGCCCUGGGUGACCUGACCUGUAAUGUCCCGUGUGCGACCCUGGGUGACCAAACCUGUAAUCAUCCGUGUGCUGCCCUGGGUGACCUGACCUGUAAUCAUCCAGGUGCUGCCCUGGGCGACCAAACCUCUAAUCAUCCGUGUGCUGCCCUGGGUGACCAAACCUGUAAUCACCCGUGUGCUGCCCUGGGUGACCUGACCUGUAAUGUCCCGCGUGCUGCCAUGGGUGACCUGACCUGUAAUCAUUCGUGUGCUGCCCUGGGUGACCAAACCUGUAAUCAUCCGUGUGCUGCCCUGGGUGACCUGACCUGUAAUCAUUCGUGUGCUGCCCUGGGUGACCUGACCUGUAAUCAUCCGUGUGCUGCCCUGGGUGGGACGCUUCACCAAGUAGCUACCUAG